AUUCAAGAAUUGAAUUUGACUUCUCGGCUAGGACUGAGAAAAUGUAGCUCUACAGUAACGUAGGCUGUAAUUUGAAAGUCAUUUGGGAGGACUUUAACAAGUUGGGGCCGUGGCCACACAGGAAUAAAGGAAGGACACUUUUGAGCACGAGAGAGGGAGGUGUUGCGGUUGCGAAGUCAUAACCAUAGCGUACAUACAUCAGAAAUGCAAAAUGUAUGGUCAUGGUGAAAAUGGAGCACCACGAAGAGGGAAACAAGUUGAAAGUUAAGAAUUUGGCAGUACUUCCGACCUCCACAUCUGGUUUCUUCACCUGUGGGAUCGUCUGAGACCAGCCAGCUGAUGAAACUGGGUUUGCACAACCGUAGAAUUUCUGCACAAACUGUCAGAAAUCGUCUCAGGGAAGCUCAUCUGCAUGUUUGUCGUCCUCAACAGGGUUUUGACCUGACUGCAGUUCGGCAUCGUAACCGACUUCAGUGGGCAAAUGCUCACCUUCUAUUGCCGCUGGCACGCUGGAGAAGUGUGCUCUUCAUGGAUGGAUCCCGGUUUCAACUGUACCGGUAGAUGGCAGACGUGUGGGCGAUUUACUGAUGUCAACGUUGUGAACAGAGUGCCCCAUUGUGCCGGUGGAGUUAUGGCAACCGUAUCAACAUGAAAAAUAGGCCAUAACCCUCCCAAGCUGAACAGCUGCACAGGAAAGCCCAGACUGACAGUAGUAGAAGAUGAACCAGGCCUUUCCCAGUCUCCAGACCUCAGCCACUGAGCUCCAACUCAGGGUGGACUUCUUCAGAAAGUUGGGCUACUCCCCCAUGGAGGUUCGGGCCGCCCUGCUGAAGCUAGGCCUGAGUACAGACACCAACUCUGUACUGGGGGAGUUGGUCCGUAGCGGAGCCAGCACUGGUACUUCUAACUCCACCAUUCCUGAGAGUGUUGAAGAUACUACUGGCCCCAAAAGCCACACAGGCUCCAGCAUGGCCUCCUCUAGGACCCAUGGCUCCCCAGGAGACAGACCAGUCUCAUUACUGGAAGACAGGAGGGACACAGACAGUGGACUGAAACCUAUCGUCAUUGAUGGCAGCAAUGUGGCCAUGAGUCAUGGUAACAAGGAAGUGUUCUCCUGUAAGGGAAUUGAGUUGGCAGUGAUCUAUUUCCUGGAUAGAGGUCACUCAACCGUCAUUGUGUUUGUACCCUCCUGGCGCAAGGAGCAGCCCAGGCCUGAUGUCCCCAUCACAGACCAACACAUUCUAAUGGAGCUAGAGAAGAAGAAGAUAGUUGUCUUCACGCCCUCGAGACGUGUCGGUGGUAAACGGGUGGUCUGCUACGACGACCGUUUUAUUGUGAAGCUGGCCUACGAGUCGGACGGCGUGAUCGUGUCUAACGACACCUAUAGGGACCUCCAGGGAGAGCGUCCGGAGUGGAAGCGCUGUAUCGAGGAGAGGCUGCUUAUGUACUCUUUCGUCAAUGACAAAUUCAUGCCCCCAGAUGACCCGCUUGGUCGUCAUGGUCCCAGUCUGGAGAACUUCCUGAGGAAGAAGCCUCUACUACCAGAACAUAAACGCCAACUCUGUCCUUAUGGUAAAAAGUGCACGUAUGGCGUAAAGUGUAAGUUCUACCACCCUGAGCGCACUCACCAAUCUCACUGCUCAUUGGCUGAUGAGCUCAGGGAGAAGGCAAGGCUCUCCUCAGUAAAAGAGGACCGGAAUCACACGACGUCACACCUGAGGGGCCCCCAGGCCGACCCGAGCCCCUUUCCCUCCUAUUCUCUGGAGAAUGACCUGGAGCACAGGCUGACGUUGGAGCAUCGCGGUUCCAUGAGGGAGGGUCCCAAUAGCCAGGUAACUGAGAACAUGUUUCUGUCCUGGGAUGGGCCACACUCCAGUAGGAACCAGCAGGCCCGCAGCCACACAGCAGUAGACCAAGGACAAAUGGACUGGCCCAAUAUGCCCAGUAUGUUCUCCCCCUACGCUACUACUGACCUCCCCUGUGCCAGCAUCUCCCAUGAGUGCAUGGACUCUGGUUUUGGCACCUAUGAGAGCCAGUACUCGGAUCUGUCCCAAGACCACAGCAAGGCCUUCAGUCCCAGGCAGCAACAGAAACAACAGGGUUCCAGACAUCCAGGCAUGCAUCCAGAGAGGCUGGCCCAGGACAGCCUACAGCCCUGCAGGUGUUGUUUCCAUUCGGCUCCCUUCACAGGUCCCCAGCAGCAGCACCACAGCAACCCACACCUCGAGUCCCAAUCCCAGCCAAGGUAUGACACCUACUCGCCUUCUCUGUUCCCACCCAACAUGCACCACUACAGCCUCCCCUGCAACUUCCAGCAAGGCAGGGUGGGGGCACAUAAUUUCCGCCCCCAUCAGCACCCCCAGAAGUACUGGUCAGACCCCUUACAUGGCGGGGUCCCCCAGGCUAGGGCAUCGUGUAGCCUCACCCCGAGCCCCCACCAUCACCCCCCAACCCCGCAUGGGGCCCCCCACUCAUGCUCCUCUUACAGGAAUCAGCAGGAACUCAACUCCUGGGCCCAGCCACCUUCUGCCUUUGACACAGACAGAGAGGAGCUCCAAAAGAAACUGAAGGCCAUCUUCAACCCCCACCAAGUAGAUACGGUCAUGGGGAUGUUCCCUCACCUGAUGGAUGCCCAGAAGCUGGCUGCAGAGAUCCUCAAUUUCAAAUCUGAUGGGGGGCCUUCUGAUGCCUCUAAGCAUCUUGUCUACGGGGUUCAUUCAGGGUUGAGAAGCUUACACAACUCUAACUUCCACAUAAAUAAUUAAUAGAUUUCAAUGGGAUACUUGUGUGAAAAUGUGCCUUGGGUAAUUAUUCUCUUGUUCUUUGCCUUUGUAAUAUCCUGUAACUGAUUGAAAGGGCAAUGUUUUAUUGUUGAUGUUGUCCUUCCUUAGCAGUCAUGUGCUUGCAUAGCUUAUGUUAAAUCCAUGACAGGUUGUGUGUGCACAGUUUGGGAGAAGUGUAGAGAAUUGGGAUGAAUCCUCUGUCGUGUUUAACUGGAUUAUUUGAAAUUUAUUGAAAGUUGUAUACAUUUAUAACAGUGUAGUCAAAUCUUGCCUCUAGACUCAAUACUACGGCAAAAGUGAAUCUAGAGUGUUUGACUGUUGAUGCAUAUUGUAUCUUCAUUUGGGAUAUACCGUAUGUGAUCUCUCGUUUGUCUGAAAUUCAGCUCUCAUGUAAUAAGAAAUAAUUGUCUCAAAUAAUGUCCUUGUCUGAAAUUACACCUUUUACUAUUAUGUUUUUUUAUAUUGUGGUUCUGAUGGCCAUAAUGUAUUUCCUGUCUCAUAGACCAAUAUAUUCCUUAUUCCAUCUCUUUAUGCAGUGUGGAAUACAAUGGUAUACAUUUUUUCAGUGUAUAAAGCUACGCCCAAAGAACCCCAAAUACUAUACAGUAUCCUUCUAACCAACAGAAUAAGUUGGAGAAGUUGCCAAAGAAACUGAAUUAAUGUUGGAAAAGCACCUUGUCAUUGUAACCUAUAAUUAAUUACAAUAGAGUUUGAGUGAUUUUAGUUUUCCUUCCAAAAUGUUUUUAAGUAUGUUAAAAAGCAGCUUUUCUGUGUUGGAAUGGUGUGGGUGUACCCCAACAACAGAAUGGUGUGGGCGUAUACCGGUAUAAAAAAAUAUUCAUGCGAAUAGACUGCUGAUUGGCCAGCUCAAGCUCAAUGACGAUGACCUCAUCCUCUAUGUGGAAAUGGCAAGCAUUUUUUAAACUGUCUGUUUUGAGUUUAAGGUUGUUGUUUUUUUUUGGUGUUUUCUCCAGUUUAUGCUUUGACCACAUAUGAGUCAACAACAUUUAUUUGCGUGUGAGUUAACUUAACUUCUUAUGGCUGGGGGCAGUAUUGAGUAGCUUGGAUGAAUAAGGUGCCCAGAGUAAACUGCCUGCUACUCAGUCCCAGUUGCUAAUAUAUGCUUAUUAUUUGUAAGUUUCUAAAACUGUUUGAAUGAUGUCUGUGAGUAUAACAGAACUCAUAUGGCAGGCAAAAACCUGAGAAAAAAAUCCAACCAGGAAAUGGGAAUUCUGAUUUUGGUCGUUUUUCAACUUAUUCCCUAUUGAAGAUACAGUGGGAUAGCAUGUUGCACUUCCUAAGGCUUCCACUAGAUGUCAUGCUUCGUGACUUUGGAUUUGUUUACAAAACGCGCUAACAAAAGUAGCUAUUUGGACAUGAAUUAUGGACAUAAUUGAACAAAACAAACAUUAAUUGUGGAACUGGGAUUCCUGGGAGUGCAUUCUGAUGAAGAUCAUCAAAGGUAAGUGAAUAUUUAUAAUGUUAUUUCUGACUUCUGUUGACUGCACAAUAUGGCAGAUAUCUUUUUGGCUUGUUUGGUCUCUGAGCGCCGUACUCAGAUUAUUGCAUGGUUUGCUUUUUCCUUAAAGCUUUUUUGAUAUUUUUUAUAUAAAUAUGAACUUUAUCGAACAAAACAUACAUGUAUUGUGUAACUUGAAUUCCUAUGAGUGUCAUCUGAUGAAGAUCAUCAAAGGUUAGUUAUUAAUUCUAUCUCUUUCUGAUUUUUGUGACUCCUCUCUUUGGCUGGAAAAAUGGCUGUGUUUUUCUGUGACUUGGCUCUGACCUAACAUAAUCGUUUGUGGUGCUUUCGCCGUAAAGCCUAUUUGAAAUCGGACACUGUGGUGGGAUUAACAAGAAGUGUAUCUUUAAAAUGUUGUGUAAUACUUCUAUGUUUGAGGAAUUUUAAUUUUGGGAUUUCUGUUGAUAUGACACUGGCUGUUGUCGUAUCGAUCCUGUUAGCGGGAUCUCAGCCCUAUUCAUUAACAGAAUAUAAACUUUUUAAAAGUGAGAUUUUCACUGGACAAUUACUUCAAUGUUUCUAUGAUAAUUGUCUGUCUUCGCUGUAUGCUGAUAGACAACACUUUGUAGCUUCUUUUUUAAGUGCCUAAACAUAGAAAAUGUAUAAUUCAAAUAUCAUGGACAUUUAGAGUAGAGUUCUUGAUCUAAACAAAUUGUUAAACUUUUUUAUUUUAAACCCAUUUUGGUAACUUUAUUUAACAGCACGGUAAGUACUAGCUAGAUAUUUAAAGUUAGAAUGUUGUUAUUAUUAUGCUAUCAUAUAGUAUUACCAGCUUCAUAUCAGGUUAAUGCAGUUAUAACCUCAUGGUACUUUAAAUAAUUGGCAGGGAACACUAGGCAUUUUAUUUCUCAGCCAUUUUUAUGUAUUUUUAGAGUAGACUACUACUUUGUUUCUUCUGACUACAAAUAGCUACUAUACCAAAUAGUACAAUGUGUUGCCAAGUAUUUACCAGUACCUAGUACUUACCCGACUGUAAUAAAGGGUUACUCACUCAUUUUAUAUUAAUUUAUAUACCACUUAAACACUGACUUUUGAAUGUUGGGGAAUCAUAUUACACUAAAAUGAAAGUUUUGAAAUAUACCUGUGUCUGUAUUUUCUAAUGUCAUGUCUCUGUAUUUUGUCUCAAGCUACUGUACUAUGAUAUGGCACUUUCAUUGUUUUAGUGCCUCAGAGCGUAGAUAGUCAUAUGCUCCAUGAUGAUCUGAUGAUGACCAUAGCUCAGGGCUCUCCAACCCUGUUCCUGGAGAGCCACCCUCAUGUAGGUUUCAGCGAGAUGAAAUUCUUGCUACAAAGUCGACAGAAACCACAUACCAAUUUUGUUAGUGACAACUUUCCCAGAUUAUUCCAUUAUCGCUAGACAACACUAGCUAAUACCUGUCUAGCAGCUAGCCACGGCACGUUUGUUAGCUAGCUUGCUCUUUGAAGUUGUUUCCAUCCAAAAUAUUAACAAGGCGAGACUAUCUUAACUCCUCCCCCACAUUUACUGGAUUGGUUGAACAGUGCAAAAUAGAACGUCUCCCAACAGUUUUUUUUCUCUCGUCAUGACCCGAAUGUGGGGUGUCCCACUCAGGCGUUUAUUUUACACCUGCUACGAUAGGUUAGCUAAAUAACAUUUAAAUAUGACAUGUAGAUAUUUUAGACAUGUUGUGAUGGCAUAUUGGAAGAACAUUCUGUCCCUGUCAUUCUGUAAAUGGGUCCACAGUGUAACAAAGAAUCUUCAUUUAAUUGAAUGUCAUACAGUUAACUUAAAGUGUAAAUCCACAAACAAAAAUGAUUAGCCAUGUUCAUUAUGGUGCUAAACAGGAGGUUAAAAUGUGGGGUGAGACCUAGAUUCAAUCAGAUCAAGCAUUAACCGGCAACAGCCGACAUCCGCAUGCAUAGCUGACAUUUUGGAGGUGUCAGGGGUGUAACUGCAUUGUCAGGAAGCCACAAAUGCUCCACUCUUGUUAGAAGUUCAGAAUGAGAAAGUGUAGGCUAAAUAGAAAUCUUCAUUAUUUAGUUUAAUGAUUUUCUAUCAGCCUAAUUGAGGCGUAGAUUACAUAUCACAUUCCAUUGUUCGAACUUGUAAACCAGGCUGCAUGGGAUUUCUCUUAAUGCGACUCAGUGCAACCAAUGGCAAUGUCCGCUUUAGGUAUAAUGCCAGAAGCCGCUUGUGGAUUUUACACCUCUAACACAGUUCCACCUUUGACACCGCCAAAACAACCGCUAUGCAGAUGUCCGCUAAAGCAGAUCUGAUUGAAUAGAGCCUUAAGUGUCCUUUGAAGGGGCAAUCAGCAGUUGAAACAAUAACAAAGCAUGCUCCCAGCCCCUGUUUCGAUAAAAAGCUGAGCAAUGGGGCUGGAGAAAUAUAACCCCACUCAAAUUCAGAGAAAGAGCUAUGGAUGCAAGGACUGACCAUCCAUGAUAUCAAAUGAUAGCUUCAACCAUGUUUUGAGGCUAUAUAGUGUUUGUUUACAUUGACUUCGUUUACAAACAUUAGAGUAAAAUAAUAAUUUCUUUUGGGUUCUGAUGGGGUACUACAGUUGAACUGAUGAGGUAUUAAUAAAUUAUAUUAUUCAAGCAUCAAUGGGUGUAUAUAUCAGUAAUUUAUAAAUCCAGAAAUGGAUGUAGCAAGAUUGGGCUUAGACUCAAGCCAGAUUUGAUGAAGCUAGUUAUUGAAUAUGCCAAGCUAACAAAUAUCAUGCUCAGCCUUCUUAUUGAGUAUACCAAGCUAACAUGUAUCAUGAUCAGCCUCCUCACUCUAUCCCAUACACACACCCUAUAUUCCUUGAAAAUCCAGCAUAGGUUUUCAAAUCUGACCUUUGUGCGACUGACUCGCAUUGCAAGCUUUAUCAAAACACACAAGCUGAAUUCCAGACAGUUUUCUCUGUUUUAAGCCGGUGACAUGCAGCCUCAGAUCUUGUGCGUGCAGACCCAACUCCCAAGACCUAUGAGUUUCCCUUUGCCCUGUAUUUUAAGGAAUGCUAUUGCAGGUACUUGAAAACCUCCCACUAAUAUUCCCCUGUCAGAUCUGUACUGGU